CUGGUGACGCAGCCCAUAGCCUAGUUAAAUAUCAACUCUCUGCUUGGAAUGAAAAUUCUCAAAGACUUUUCUAGACCAUUUUAGAAACGUAGACAUGGGAGUAAGAUUGGUCUUUGCUGUUCUUUUGGGAGUGACUUUCCAGCUCACUCAUGGGCAAGUUUGCAAUAGUCCCAUUGGCAUUGGCGAUCCAAGCAUUAUAGCAGACAGUGCCUUCUCUGCUUCUUCAAACGAUGGAAAAAACCUGGCUCAUUUCGCCCGUCUCAACCAACUCAAUACAAAGGCAUGGUGCUCAAGUUCGAGCGAUUCAAAAAAAUCUAUCACGGUUAAACUACCAGCAACGUACAAAGUGACCGGGAUUGCUGUUCAAGGCCUAAAUGGAUCUGGGAAUGGCAGUUACGUCAUGGCGUAUGGUCUGAAAUAUAUCCACAACGGUGGCAUUUAUGAUUAUCUGCUACAAGUGGUCAAAGGACCAACUAACAAAAUGGAAAUCGCUCGCAAAUCGCUAUCUUUUGACGACAUAAAGGCGGAAGCUAUAAUAUUGCAACCUCGAGAGUAUGUUCCAUCUAACAAAGCAUGCCUUCGAUUUGAAAUCUAUGGAUGCAAAGUUUGGACUCCUACUCCGAGGCCAACAGAACCCUCAACCACUCCCGUCGAUCAUUGUAAAGCGAACAACGGUGGAUGUUCAGACGUCUGCACUAGUUCUCCUUCUGGUCCAGUUUGCAGCUGUAAUUCUGGGUUUUAUUUGGACAAAGAUGGGAAGACUUGCAAAGCUAUUCCCACUACUCCCCAACCAACAUCACCCCCAGAUCAUUGCAAACAGAACAAUGGUGGUUGUGCCCAGACUUGCACUAGCAGACCAUCAGGUCCAGUUUGCAGUUGCAAUUCUGGAUUUGUUUUAGACAAGGAUAACAAAACUUGCAACGUGAAUUAUUGUAUGACCAAUAAUGGUGGUUGUGAAGCCGUUUGCAAAAAUGCAAAAUCCGGUCCAGUCUGCAGUUGCAAUGAUGGGUAUGAGCUCAAGAGUGAUGGAAAGAACUGUACAAAUAUAAAUGAGUGUGCUACGAAAUCAGACUUAUGUGAUGACCAGACAACAAACUGCAUUGAUUUGGAUGGAACAUACGAAUGUGACUGCAAACGAGGUUUCAAGCGAUCCACCAGGUUCUCGUGCGAAGACAUCAAUGAAUGCAGGGAGGGAGGUAAUAACUGCAAUCAUCUGUGUGUCAAUAUCAUUGGUGGAUUCAGAUGCAAAUGCUAUAAUGGUUACCGACUUGAUAGAGAUGGACAUACAUGCAAUGAUAUCAAUGAAUGUGUGGAGAACAACAAAUGCAACACCACGGUAUCCACAUGCGAAAACAAAGUUGGACACUACAUAUGCAACUGUUUUUCUGGACUUGACCAAGAUCCUAACGACAGUAACAAUUGUGUAGAUCGAAAUGAAUGUGACUAUAGUAAUGGCGGAUGUGAUCACUUUUGCACCAACCUGUACCGAUCGCAUAAAUGCAGUUGCAGGACAGGCUUCCAUCUUGGUGCAGAUAACAGGAAGUGUGUCGAUAACGAUGAAUGUGCGGUGAAUAAUGGUGGUUGCAACCAAAGAUGCAUUAACUUUGACGGUAAAUAUAGAUGUGACUGCAGGAAUGGCUUCACCCUAGGAGCAGAUUUAAAGACAUGCGAAGAUGUCAAUGAAUGCAAACAUUUAAAUGGUGGUUGUGAGAAGUACUGUACAAACACAAUUGGCUCUUUCAAGUGCUCCUGCGAUCCAGGAUUUGAGGCAGUUAAUAAAAUCUGUGAAGACAUUAAUGAAUGCAAUACUGGCAAACAUAACUGUGAACCAGCAACAUCCGACUGCUAUAACACGCAGGGUUCAUUCGAGUGCCGUUGCAAACCAGGGUAUAAAAUGAACACAACUACCAAUUCCUGUGAAGCAAUGCUCUGCAGGUCUCCAGCCAGUACACUAAACAAUGGUGCUGUUGAGCCAUCUAGAUGUCUCAACUACGACAGUAAUAAAUACACAGACGUAUGCAGAUACAGCUGCAAUGCAGGAUACAAACUACCCAGCACGGCAGCAAGUUAUGUUUACUGUGACAAUGAUGGCUACUUUAAACUGCCUUUUGGAAAAACAUCGCCAGUUUGUCAAAAAACAAGAUGUCCAAAAAUGUCAUCCAUUCCUAAUGGCUACGUGUACCCAAGUGACUGCAUGACUAAAGGCGUUGAAUUUGGAAACAAAUGUCACGUGGCUUGCAAUGGUGGAUACACAAGAUCCGGAUUGACGACUGUUACAUGCUUGAAAACUGGAUUAUAUGACAACGAUUUCUCUUCAACUAAAUGUGUACCAAGGCCAAAGAUCACAUGCCCAUCAGAUAUCACGGCAACACUUCCACUUGGUGAAGGAAUAAUGAAAAUAAACGUGGGAAAAAUCAACACCAAUGUUGAGGCCAAGUAUCUAAAAUCGUUUCCAUCGGGAGUUAUAGAUGGCUCACAUGAUUUCAAACCGGGUUACCAUUCAGUGAAGCUGAGAGCUUCAAACGAAUUAGGCGAUGCAACUGAAUGCACCUUCACAGUGCAAGUUAUUGAUAAGGAGCCUCCAAAAGUUCACAACUGUGACGCGGAAAACCAGUAUAUAAAUAUUGAUUCUCAAGAAGCUGUUGUCACUUGGAAAGAACCCACAUUCACAGAUAAUGCUGGAAUCAGCACAAAACCCCAACCAUCGAUUCCUAAUGGAGUUGUUCGAAGAGCACAGAUCUAUUUUGUUGCAUACAAGGCCAGAGAUGAUGCAGGAAAUACAGCUAGCUGCAAAUUCUUUGUACACGUCACAGCAAAAUACUGCCACCAAAAUACAAUGCCUGGAGGUCACAAUAUUCCCCAAGUUUUGGAUAUGAUGGGAAGGUUCUUCCUUUCCUGUGGUGCUGGAAACGUAUUCUCUGACAAUACAGAUUAUCAAGGAGUGUUCACCAUAGUUGACUGUGCCAAUGGCAAAUGGACUCCCCAGGAAAUUCCAAGCUGUGUUGGUUCUACUGCCAAGCAAGGUGACUGUCCAGCAGGAACGCAAGACGUGCAGCAUGGCCAAUCAGCUAUCUGUGCCAACUGCCCACUAGGGAAAUACAACAACCAAACACAAGCCCGUUGCCAGAACUGCCCGCUUGGUUAUUAUCAAGACGAAGAAGGAAAAACAGUAUGCAAAAAAUGUCCACAAGGAUCAACAACCAUCUUCCAAGGAUCAUAUGCCUUAUCACAGUGCAAAGCUCAAUGCGACAAAGGAAGUUACUCCAAGGAUGGUCUCACUCCACUUUCUGGCUGUAAGAAAUGUCCAAUUGGCUCAUUCCAAGAUUUUGAUGGUGCAACAUACUGUAAGAUUUGCCCAGAGGGAGGUGAAACCCCAGGAGAAGGUUCUUCUAAUGAAGCAGAUUGCCACGUCCCUGCUCGUAUUACCAAAAUAGUUCCAAUAUCACAGGAAGCUGCUGUCAAAAUCGGAGAGAACGUAACGAUUGAGUGUUCAGCCACUGGCAGCCCAGCACCACAUCUCCAAAUCACAAACGCCACUGCCAUACCAUCAGGGAGCCUCCGAGGAAAGACAUCAGUGAUUGCACUUCCAUCAGCUUCCAAGUACGUUGCUAUUAGGCGUCUGACCAUCACGAAUGCUCAGGUCGCUGACUCCGCUGUCUUUAAAUGUGUUGCACAAAACCCUUCGAUAAGUGGCAAGACUAUUGAUGAGAGAUUCAUCAAAGUGGUCGUCACAGCUGAAGCUGCAAGCUAAACGUAGAGCCCUCGUGGAAUAUGAUGUUUUGGGAUGACUUCAAAGAAAAAGAACUUUAAACUCAAAACUCUCUUAUUUGAUGCUUUAUUGUUGAUUAUAAAUAACAUUUUAAUAGCAAAUUAUAACAGUACAGCGACGAUCAUCAUA